AUGGCGGCGGCGCGAGCGCGGCGGGCGGGAGCCUCGCUGCUUUCGGCUGCGGUCCGGCACCGGAGUUCCCAGAGCUCAUCCCCACAGGCAGGACUUGUUGCCAAAACUUCCCUGACUUCGCCCCCAUGGCCUGAAGUGAAACUUCCAGAUCCAGUGGAAGAAGCCAAGUAUCAUGCAGAGGUGGUGCAGAAGGUGAACGGGCUGAUCGCGGCGGGGCACUACGGGCGCCUCUUCGCCGUCGUGCACUUCGCCAGCAAGCAGUGGAAAAUCACCAGUGAGGACCUCAUCAUGAUGGACAACGUCCUGGAGGCCGAGUGUGGAGACCGGAUCCGCAUGGAAAAGGUUUUGCUGGUUGGUGCUGAUGACUUCACGCUCAUUGGAAGGCCGCUGCUGGGGAAGGACCUGGUCCGUGUGGAGGCCACGGUGAUUGAGAAGACGGAGUCGUGGCCCAAGGUCAACAUGCGCUUCUGGAGGAGACACAACUUCCAGAGGAAGAAAAUCAUUUCAAACCCCCAGACUGUCCUCAGGAUCAACACCAUUGAGAUCUACCCCUGCUUGUCCUGACUGGGGAGGUGUUCUGGGAAUCACUGCUGCUCCAGGAAAUUGGGGAAAUAAAACUGCCUCAGCACUGGGAAGUUCUGGACUUCUUGUUGUGGUGGGAAAUGGAAAUCUCUGCGUGGUGGGAAAUGGAAAUCUCUAUGGCUUUCUUUUUAAAAUAAUGAAAUAUUUUUUAAACUGUU